AUUGAAACAGGUUAUGACGAAGUGUAAGUCAAGGAGAACCAAAGGGGAUAGAUUUGUUUAAAAAGUUACUGUUAAUAAUGUUUAAAUUUAAUUGCUUGGUGGAAAUCACAACAGAAAGAAACAGCCUUGAAAUUGUUCUGUCAAGCACAUUUAAUAAAGUUAAACAUUCUCUUCACAUUUUAAGUAUGAAAAUCUUUUUAAGAGUUGGAUUAAUGCUUUUUCUAAGUGUUGAAUAUUACUUCUGUGCUUCUGAAAAUUAUGAGAACACGACAAGUAGAGUAAUUGAACGCAGGAUGAUUGGAGGAAGGGAGGCAGAAAAAGGAGAAUUUCCAUUUUUGGUAGCAAUAUUUAAAAAAGAAAGGUUUAAGGGUGCUUUUUCUUUAAUCACAACAAAGACGUUAAUAGGAGCAGCGCACGUUGUAGAAAAAUAUGUCGUCAAAGAUUAUUACGGAAGAAUAGGAGACGUUAACAAAAACGCAGGGAAGAAAGUGCUGUUUCGGAGAAGGAUUAUACACGGACGUUAUAAUUCAGAAAAUUAUAAUAAUGAUAUUGCACUUCUGAUUCUCGCACGCAGUAUUAACAAUAUAUCUCCGAUUGCUUUAGUUGGAAAAAACGUAAGAUUUACUAAAGGUUCCGCCACGUUGAUCGGUUGGGGAAGAAUUGGUUUCAAUGAAAGAACAGACCUUCUUCAUGUAGCGAAAGUGAACUUAGUAGAUCCAAUAUACGUGGCUUGUAAAUUUGGCUACGAAUUAACUUACAAAGAAAUUACAGCACUGUCAUCUAGAGUAAAAGCCAUUAGUGGAGAUUCUGGCUCACCACUGAUCAUGAGAGAUGCGUUAAAAAGACCAGUGCUUAUUGGCAUUUUCGCUAACGGCGGACAUAAUACUGGAGAACCAGAUAUAUACAUGUCAACCAGUUUUCACCAUGAUUUUAUAAAAACUCACAGCGUCGGACGACUCACAUACCUACACGUAUAAAAUUAAAAUAUGAAAAUAUCAUGGUAAAUUUUUCAUUUUAGAAAAUAUAAAAUCUAAUUUUAUUCGCAAAUAGAAUUAGAUUUUAUUAGAAAUUGAAUAAAAUUUCGUAUUUCAACAGUAUUUAACAGUGGAUAUAUUUUAUUUCCAUGCCUGUAUCACUUCAACAGCUUUUUGUAUUAAAUAAUCUUAUGUAUUUAUUUAUUGUAUAAAUUACAUAAUUAGAUUACUUUAAAUAAAACCUUAAAGA